UUACAUCCCUUAUUCGUGCCAAGGCAUCGCCGCGUGGCUUCAGGCGGGAUUCGUUCAACCACCGAAAGCUCAACGGGGGAGCCAGGCUAAGGGCACAGAAUCGGAGAGGGCAGAAAUCAGACAGGGCACAAGAGACCACCCUCUUGAGCAACUGUGCCCCUGGAGAAGAGCAGAACACCAUGGCCACACUCAUGGACAAGCUGAUGACCCCCAUUGCCUCGGGAGCCACGGCCCCCAACAACAAGGUCUCAAUUGUGGGCACUGGACAGGUCGGGAUGGCCGCUGCCAUCAGCAUCCUUGGAAAGGGUCUUUGUGAUGAACUUGCUCUGGUUGAUGUUGUGGAAGACAGACUAAAAGGAGAAAUGAUGGACCUACAGCAUGGGAGCUUGUUCCUUCACACUCACAAGAUUGUGGCAGACAAAGAUUACAAGGUGACAGCCAACUCCAAGAUCGUGAUCCUGACUGCGGGCGUUCGUCAGCAAGAGGGGGAGAGUCGCCUCAACCUGGUCCAGAGGAAUGUGAAUGUCUUCAAAUUCAUCGUUCCUCAGGUUGUGAAGCACAGCCCCAACUGCAUCAUCAUCGUGGUUUCCAAUCCAGUGGAUAUCUUGACCUAUGUCACAUGGAAGCUGAGUGGCCUGCCAAAAAACCGUGUGAUUGGAAGUGGCUGCAAUCUCGACACGGCCAGAUUUCGCUAUCUGAUGUCCGAGAGGCUUGGGAUUCAUCCAAGCAGCUGCCAUGGCUGGAUCUUGGGAGAGCACGGUGAUUCCAGUGUGGCUGUUUGGAGCGGAAUUAACGUGGCAGGGGUUUGUCUCCAGCAGCUGAAUCCUGCCAUGGGAACUGACAAAGACCCUGAGAACUGGAAGGAGGUCCACAAGAAAGUGGUUGACAGUGCCUAUGAGGUGAUCAAACUGAAGGGAUACACAAACUGGGCUAUUGGCCUUAGUGUUGCUGACCUCUGUGAGACCAUGCUGAAGAACUUGCACAGGAUUCAUUCCAUCUCAACACUGGUAAAGGGCAUGUAUGGCAUUGAGAAUGACGUCUUCUUGAGCCUGCCUUCUGUCCUAAGUGCCUCUGGAUUGACAAGUGUCAUCAACCAAAAGCUGAAGGACGAUGAGGUGACUCAGCUGAGGAAGAGCGCGGAUACCCUGUGGAACAUCCAGAAGGAUAUCAAAGAUCUGUAACUCAUGAAUGCCAGAUUCCAGCCAUAGAAAACCAGCAUGUUGUGUGCAGAUAUGGGCUCUACUCACUCUACAUCUCUAAAGUUAACAUUAAAUGCUCUUCCAGACGGUUCAUGGUAGCUAAACUUACGCUUGCUGUAACGCACAAACCUGACGAACAAAUAAAGUAAUUUUCAGGCA